AUGGAUGGCACCUUUGACUGCAUCGUGGUAGGCUCUGGUCACGCUGGCAGCUGUGCAGCGUUAUCGGCCGUCGAAGCAGGUUGCAAGCGCGUCUUGAUUGUCGAGAAGGCACCCCAGGAGUGGGUCGGCGGCAACGGGUUCUUUACCGCAGGAGCGCAUCGGACGGUGCACAGCGGCCUCCAGGAUCUGCUGCCUAUCGUGAAAAAUGUCCCCGCGGAGGCGGCAUCGACCAUCGACAUCCAUCCGUACUCUGCCGAGGAAUUCACGAAUGAUAUCAUGCGGUUGGGGGACGGCCAGUCCGAUCCUGCCUUGGUGAAAGCGGUCGUGGAUGAUUCGCGAGAUGCAAUACAGUGGUUGGCAGAUUCCGUCAAGGUCCCCUUCACUGUGGCUUUCAAUCGCCAGGCGUACUUGGUCCAGGGGAGACAAGUCUUUUGGGGUGGCCUGGCACUCAGUGUGGACAACGGAGGCAAGGGUCUCAUUGCCGCACACCAGCAGGCGCUGAAACAAGCUGGUGUCGAGGUAUGGUUCGACACGCCUGCCGUUGAGCUCAUACGUGAAGAAGAGUGCGUAACGGGGUUGGUUGUGCUCAGAGACGGCCAGAGGACUGCACUUCACGCUAAAGCGGUGAUCCUCGCCUGCGGAGGCUUCGAGUCCAGUAUCGAGCAGCGCGAGAAGAACCUCGGUUUGCACUGGCGACAGGCGAAGGUACGCGGCACGCCAUACAACACGGGCGACGGCAUAUCGCUCGCUCGCACACUCGGGGUCAAGCUCGCAGGCGACUACGCCCACUGCCACUCCACUUGCUGGGACGCGAACGCGCCCUCUCACCACGGCGACCGCGUGCUCAGCAACCAAUUCACCAAGUCCGGCUACCCGCUCGGCAUAAUGGUGAAUGCACACGGGCGGCGUUUCGUCGACGAGGGCGAGGACUUUCGCAACUACACAUACGCAAAGUUCGGCGCCGAGAUCCUGCGCCAGCCCGGCGGGUUCGUGUUCCAGGUGUGGGACUCGCAGGUCGUGGACUGGCUAAGGAAGGAGGAGUACGGCGAAGGUAUCGUGGAGAAGUUCUGGGCGGAGAGCAUCCAGGAACUCUCUGAAAAGCUCUCGGAGAAUGGUCUGGAGGAUAUUGCCGCGUUUUUCGACACAGUGAUGACGUACAAUGUUGCGACGAAAACCUCUCAAAUUGAGUCCCCAGGGCGCGAGUGGGAUCCCGCCAUCAAGGAUGGUCUCUCCACGCACUCCUCUCGUCAUACACUCGAGCCACCAAAGUCUAAUUGGGCACUGCCACUUACGAAGCCACCCUUCCUCGCAGUGAAGGUGGCGUGCGGGAUCACGUUCACGUUCGGCGGGCUGGCGAUCGACCCGGAGACGGCGGGAGUGAUAUCGGAGCUUACCGGGAAGCCGAUGCCAGGACUGUUCUGCACUGGCGAGCUGGUUGGAGGGCUGUUUUACAAAAACUAUCCGGGAGGGAGCGGUUUGACCGCAGGUGCAGUCUUUGGGAGGAAUGCAGGGCGGGAAGCAGCACGAAUCGCUCAGAAGGCAUAG